UGUGGUCAAUCAAUCGUAAUUAACAACAAAGCAGUGUUGCGCCAAGAGCGUAUAAUGAGUGAAAAGAGUGGUCAAAUGCCGCGGAUUCGCCGACAAAUUCAGUGCAAUUAAGGCUGUGCAUAAUAAAAACAAAAUCCGAGUUUCGAAACCUUUUCUCAUUCAGCAAAAUCGGGAGAGCAACGUCAAAAUUUUCGUGUCACGCCAUCUCGCUCGCACCGCAAAGGUCGUUCGUUGCUGCUGCUGCCGCGUUGGUGUGUGGGGACAAGAGUUUGUGUGUGAGUGAGUGCUUUUUGGUUGUGGGGAAUAUGGAAGAAUAUACGCAAAAUGAAAUGCAUGAAAACCGAGGCAUAAAUUAAAUGAAAGCUGCAUGUGAAAAGCGAACCAAAGCCAAUGUUAAUUCUCGUGCAUGGCAAAAGAAUAACGAAUGACGAGAGCGCGCAAUAAGAUAAAAUUGAAGGUUAUUCUCUGUGCGUGUUUGUACGCGCGGCUGCGAGUGUGUGCGUACUCCAUUGUAAACAAAAAAGCAAGUGUUGAGCGAGGGAGAGAACGAAAGAGUGAGAGAGCAGAGCGGAAGAGCUCACUUUGCUAGAGAGAGGGAGCGCGCACGCUCGUUCGCCUACUCGCUCACUCGCACGAAGAAAGCAGAGCACAAAGCGACGCUGAAAAUGUCAAUAAACUCUGCAAAAGGUGAAAAAUUCAAGUGCAAUAAUUUUCCCCACUUGCCAAUCGUCGCCACGCGAAAGGCUAAGGAGUCAAAGUCAAACAGCAAAUUUCCCUCAAUAAAAAUGUGACAAACUAGAUAAAACACAAUAAUAAAAAAAACAUACUAAUAGAAAAUUAACUGGAACUGCACACUAAAGUUUUCUCAACGACGGAAACUGAUUUUUAGGAAAAUCCUAUCAAACUCUUAUUAGACUGAAUGUAACGACUAUUGGACUACCGUGAUUUAAUUUUGAAAUGUUUUACAACACAAUGGAACUGCAUCAACGACAUCUCUCAAACUUUUACAAAAUCGCACAACUGAGAUAAGCACACAUAAAUCGUAAGAGAGAGAGAGAGAGCACACCGAUCUGCCAGAGCUGCAGAUCGAUUUACUGGAGGCCAUUGUCAUAACCACCGCUAGAGGAUCAGUAUGCCGAACAUGUCCAGCAUCAAGACGGAGCAGCAGAGCGCUUCCCUUGGAGUAACUGGCGGUGGCUAUCAGCUGCCGGUCAACAUGUGCACCACCACCGCCUCCACAACGACGACAACGCUGGGAGGAGGAUUGGGAGUAAGCGGGGGAACCACCGGAUCAAGACACAAUGUGUCCGUGACAAACAUCAAAUGCGAAUUGGAUGAGCUGCCCACGCCCAAUGGCAACCUAGUGCCAGUGAUUGCCAACUAUGGCCACGGCAGUCUGCGAAUCCCGCUGAGUGGAGCUCCACCACCUAAUCAUGAGGAGGAGUCCGAUUCGGAUGCAGAGCUGGCGAACAUAGAGAACCUGAAGGUGCGCCGGAGGACGGCGGACAAGAAUGGUCCGAGGCCCAUGUCCUGGGAGGGAGAGCUGAGCGAACCGGAGGCCAAUGGCGGCGAUGAGGAGCUAAUGGAGACGGAGCCAUCGAUUAAGAGCGAGGUACUAACCAGCACAGGAGCACCCCUCCAGCCUGCUUGUGCGCUGCAGCCGAUCAAGACCGAGCUGGAGAACAUUGCAGGCGAACUGCAGCAGCAGGGAAAGGCCUUUCCACUGACCACCGGCAGCAACACCACCUCCCAAACGCUCUCGGCGAAUCCCAAACUUAAGCUGGCGCCCACGCAAAGUGAUCCCAUUAAUCUCAAGUUUGAACCGCCGCUGGGGGACAACUCACCGCUGCUGGCCGCCCGCAGCAAGUCGAGCAGCGGUGGCCACCUGCCGCUGCCCGCUAAUCCCAGUCCCGACUCCGCCAUACAUUCCGUCUAUACGCACAGUUCGCCAUCGCAGUCGCCGUUGACCUCGCGCCACGCCCCCUACACGCCCUCGCUGAGUAGGAACAACAGUGAUGCCUCGCACAGCAGCUGCUACAGCUACAGCUCCGAGUUCAGCCCCACCCACUCACCCAUCCAGGCACGACGCCCCCCGGCGGGGUCACUAUACGGCAACGGUGGCGUGCAUCAUCACAGUGUGUUGUAUCGCCCACUGAAGGUGGAGGCCUCCUCAACGGGGCCACCGUCUGGCAGCCAGGAGGCACAAAAUCUGAGCAUGGAUUCGAUAUCCAACGGUCUGGAUCCAACGGGCUCUGGUUCAUCGUUGCCCGCUUCACCGGCUGGCAUUUCGCGGCAGCAGCUCAUCAACUCACCGUGUCCCAUUUGUGGGGACAAGAUCAGUGGCUUCCACUACGGCAUCUUCUCCUGCGAGUCCUGCAAGGGGUUCUUCAAGCGCACCGUGCAGAAUCGCAAGAACUAUGUGUGCGUGCGCGGCGGACCCUGCCAGGUGAGCAUCUCCACGCGCAAGAAGUGCCCGGCCUGCAGGUUUGAGAAGUGCCUGCAGAAGGGCAUGAAACUGGAGGCCAUCCGUGAGGACAGGACACGCGGCGGUCGUUCCACCUACCAAUGUUCGUACACGCUGCCCAAUUCGAUGCUCAGUCCACUGUUAAGUCCCGAUCAAGCGGCUGCUGCUGCCGCUGCCGCAGCGGUGGUCAGCCAGCAGCAGCAACAGCAACAGCAGCAGCAGCAACAACAUCAGCAACAGCAUCAUCAUCAGCGACUCCAGCAGCUGAAUGGCUUCGCCGGUGGACCAUUCCGCUCAACCUCCCUGCCAGCUAGCCCGAAUCUGGGUGGGGCUUCCAUUAAGACGGAGGACGUGGCCACGGAGGCGGCGGGCAAGCAGAGUCUGCGAACUGGAAAUGUGCCGCCACUACUGCAGGAAAUCAUGGAUGUUGAACAUCUCUGGCAGUACACCGAUGCGGAGCUGGCACGCAUUAACCAACCGCUGUCCGCAUUUGCCUCCGGUAGUUCGUCGUCGUCAUCAUCCUCGUCAGCCACCUCAUCGGGCGCCAACCAGGGACAACAGCCGCAGCUGACCAACCCACUGCUGGCCAGUGCUGGUCUCUCGUCCAACGGCGAGAAUGCCAAUCCCGAUCUGAUUGCCCAUCUCUGCAAUGUGGCCGAUCAUCGCCUCUACAAGAUUGUCAAAUGGUGCAAGAGUUUGCCGCUCUUCAAGAACAUUUCGAUCGAUGAUCAGAUUUGCCUGCUCAUCAAUUCGUGGUGCGAACUGUUGCUGUUCUCCUGCUGUUUUCGAUCGAUCGACACUCCCGGCGAAAUAAAAAUGUCACAAGGCAGAAAGAUAACGCUGUCGCAGGCAAAAUCCAAUGGGUUGCAGACCUGCAUUGAACGGAUGCUCAAUCUGACAGAUCACCUGCGGCGAUUACGUGUUGAUCGCUACGAAUAUGUUGCCAUGAAGGUGAUUGUGCUGUUGCAGUCAGAUACCACGGAGCUUCAGGAGGCAGUAAAGGUUCGGGAGUGCCAGGAGAAGGCGUUGCAGAGCUUGCAGGCUUACACAUUGGCCCACUAUCCCGACACGCCAUCAAAGUUCGGGGAGCUCCUAUUGCGCAUUCCCGAUCUACAGCGUACCUGCCAGUUGGGCAAGGAGAUGCUAACGAUCAAGACUCGCGAUGGCGCCGAUUUCAACUUGCUGAUGGAGCUCUUGCGCGGAGAACAUUGACAAUUGAUGAUGAUGACAGAAACGGUGGAAAUAUGUUUCCGCUGGCACAACAAGAUUUACAUACUUAGUAUUAGAUAUAUAUUUAGUUUAGAGUUAAGUUAUCUACACCUAUAAGCUCUGAAAACAUGUGCCUAAAAACCAAAGCCACAACAGCAGUCAGCAUCAGGCCAGAGAUGAUGAUGAAACUAGGCGCAAGCGCAGGAUUGCCAAACCUUUUUAUAUACCAAUAUAUAUUUUGAUAUAUGUAUGGCCCUUAGAUCGCUGCUGUUGUUGUUGGCUUGGAGUUUCCAGUAAGAAAAGUAUAUAAUGUUUUUGCUAUAUAUACACACAUAUACAUAUAUUUGACUUAUGUAUAGAGUAAACACUAAAGCACACAUGGAAAAUGAAAAGACUAAACAAUUUAUUUAAAAAGAUACUUUUAGGCAUUAAGCAGAGGGCGGGGCAAAAGGACGAACGAAAGAAUAGGCAGAGGAAAACCAACCACAAAAGGAAAAUCAAAUUAAAUUUAGUUAAAGCAGCUAGCGACUUUUUAUACAUACAUACAUAUAUACAUACGUACAUGUAAGAGGGGAAUAAAUUCGAACUAUUUUUUAAUGAAUUGCCAAAACCGAUUUAAAGGUUUAUUAAAUGGAGAGGAGCUGCUAGAAUUUUCGAUACAUAUAUAUAUCUAUACAUUAAUAUUGAAAACGGAUAGUGAAAUCCAACUUUUAAAUGUUGUAGCAUUUAGUUUUUAGUGCAAUUUCACCCUUGUCUACUUAUAACUAUAUAUAUAUAUACAGCCAGAUAUGGCCACAAAACUAUAUACAAAAAAAGACCACUCGAAAUCGCCAGCUCUCUGGCUGGCCAAGACUAUUCCAGUGAUGCUAAUUUGUUGCAUAAAAAACACACACAACUACAUACAUAAAUCAAAUUUAUAAUCAUUUUUCGAUAUGUACUUUAGUUUCGCAUUAAUUUGUUCAUUAAUUAAUUCAUUACGUUUAUGGUGUAACUUUUACUUAAAUAGCUGAAGCAAAUCCUGCAACAGGAUUUAAAACAUUUGUGAGGAAAACAAUUAAUUACAAUUAUCGAGAAUCAUUUUUUGCUUAUAAACUAGAUAGUUAGAUAUGUAUGUCUAUAUGUGAGUACGUUAACUGUAAAGCUCUUCCUGCCCCACCAGAAAAGCAAAUAAAAACAAAAAACAAAA